CCAAAGGCUAAUUUCUGUGAGAGAGAAAGAGAGAGAGAGAGAGAGAGUUUGGGAGAGAGAGAGAGAGGCUCUGUGGGGCUUUGAGACGCAUAGAACUACGGCCAUGGCAGAAUCAAACGACUCCGUUUCCGUUGAUAUGGAGAAGAUCUAUCUCGGUGGGAAGGAACAUCUUGUACGAACUGGCCGUGGUUCUGUGUCUGUUAUAGUCUAUGGAGACCAAGACAAGCCCGCACUACUUACUUAUCCUGAUUUAGCUUUAAAUCAUGUGUCUUGUUUUCAAGGAUUAUUUUUCUGUCCUGAAGCAGCUUCUUUGUUGCUCCACAACUUCUGCAUUUACCAUAUCAGUCCUCCUGGGCACCAGUUAGGAGCUGCUGCAAUUUGUCCUGAAGAUUCUGUACCUUCUGUUGAUGAUUUAGCAGAUCAGAUCAUUGAGGUUCUCAACUUUUUCGGGCUCGGUGCUGUGAUGUGCAUGGGGGUAACAGCGGGUGCCUACAUACUUACACUAUUUGCAAUGAAAUAUAGGGAACGUGUUCUUGGUUUGAUACUUGUGUCCCCUUUAUGCAAAGCACCGUCUUGGACUGAAUGGAUAUAUAAUAAGGUGAUGUCAAAUUUGCUUUACUUUUAUGGCAUGUGUGGUUUGCUGAAAGAGUGUUUGCUUCAGCGGUACUUCAGCAAGGAAGUUCGUGGUAAUGCGGGAGUUCCAGAAUCAGAUAUAGUUCAAGCAUGCAGAAGAUUGCUCGAUGAGAGGCAGAGCAUAAAUGUUUUCCGGUUUCUUCAAGCAAUCAAUAGGAGAUCAGACAUUACUGAAGGGUUGAAGAGACUAAAAUGCCGUACGCUAAUUUUUGUUGGGGAUAGCUCUCCUUUCCAUUCCGAGGCUCUAGACAUGAUUUCAAAACUUGACCGGAGAUUUAGUGCCUUAGUUGAGGUCCAGGCUUGUGGAUCAAUGGUGACAGAGGAGCAGCCACAUGCAAUGUUGAUACCCAUGGAGUUCUUCCUCAUGGGGUAUGGGUUGUAUAGGCCGUGCCACUUCAGCGACAGCCCGAGGAGUCCACUCAGCCCAUCUUGCAUCUCCCCUGAACUUCUCUCUCCAGAAAGCAUGGGUUUGAAGCUAAAACCGAUAAAGACCCGUGUUUCGCUCGAUGUUUAAGGUGGAAGGGAGGUAGAAUUGGAAUUAAUUUGACUCGUGAUUCGGAAGAUGUUCAAUUUUUUUGUUCUUUUUGGCUUGUGAAUCAAUUAAAAAACAGUAGAUUGGUUGGAAGGGUUGUAGAUAGAGAAGGGAAGAAUGUUACAGAAUACGUAUAGGGAUCACUUGAAUUCAUUCAUUGUAGUCAAAGGAAUCACUGAGUUGUGCCUGUUAAUUCUAUAAUGGACUUGAGAUUUAUUUAUGAUGACGAGCAAUCAAUAACAGAGAGGAGCUUCCCCAUUAUUCAA